UCCACCUGAGGUCUUUCCUUUCCCUUUCUCCGAGGCCGAACUGCCUCUCUGGAGCCUAUAACCCUUGACAUUUCCCUACAUGCUGUCCAAACUGGGAAAGCCUUUACUUUUAGGCUAUUAGCAAAAUGGUGACACUCUCACUACCAUGGGUACUCCUCCUUCACGCGGAACUAACCGGAAGAGAUUGUCUAGCGCCUAAUUCGUAGACCCGGAAGUAGAUGUAGCUCACGGAAGCCGGCUUUGGCCCUGCGGCUACUGCCGUCGCCGCGGAGAGAUUGUUGGACCUGGCAGCCUAGGAAUGUUUGGUCUGGAAGGGGAAAAGUGGUGCAAUUGAACUGAGUGAGCAGCUAAGGAAAAGAAAAAAACUCGCCUCUCAGCCUCUACGCUCACCUGGUCAGAAUCCUUGGAUGAGCCUGUGGGACCCUUCUUCCUGGCCCUGUGGUUUGGAACCAGUGGCUUUGGGACUGUAAAAGGAUGGACAAAGAUUCUCAGGGGCUGCUAGAUUCAACCCUGAUGGCAUCGGGCGCUGCCAGCCGCUCAGAGGAUGAAGAGUCGCUGGCAGGGCAGAAGCGGGCCUCCUCUCAGGCCUUGGGCACCAUCCCUAAACGGAGAAGCUCCUCCAGGUUCAUCAAGAGGAAGAAGUUUGAUGAUGAGCUAGUGGAGAGCAGCCUGGCCAAGUCCUCUACUCGGGCAAAGGGGGCCAGUGGGGUGGAACCUGGCCGCUGUUCAGGGAGUGAACCCUCUUCUAGUGAGAAGAAGAAGGUAUCCAAGGCCCCCAGCACUCCUGUGCCUCCCAGUCCAGCCCCGGCGCCUGGACUCACCAAACGUGUGAAAAAGAGCAAACAGCCACUUCAGGUGACCAAGGAUCUGGGCCGCUGGAAGCCUGCAGAUGACCUCCUGCUCAUCAAUGCUGUGUUGCAGACCAACGACCUGACAUCUGUCCACCUGGGUGUGAAGUUCAGCUGCCGCUUUACUCUUCGGGAAGUCCAGGAGCGCUGGUACGCUCUGCUGUACGAUCCUGUCAUCUCCAAGCUGGCUUGCCAGGCCAUGAGGCAGCUGCACCCAGAAGCCAUUGCAGCCAUCCAGAGCAAGGCCCUGUUUAGCAAGGCUGAGGAACAGCUGCUGAGCAAAGUGGGAUCGACCAGCCAGCCCACCUUGGAGACCUUUCAGGACCUGCUGCACAGACACCCUGAUGCCUUCUACCUGGCCCGGACUGCCAAGGCUCUGCAGGCCCACUGGCAGCUCAUGAAGCAGUACUACUUGCUGGAGGACCAGACAGUGCAGCCGCUGCCCAAGGGGGACCAAGUACUCAACUUCUCCGAUGCAGAGGACCUGAUAGAUGACAGUAAGCUCAAGGACAUGCGAGAUGAGGUCCUGGAACAUGAGCUGACGGUGGCUGACCGGCGCCAGAAGCGAGAGAUUCGGCAGCUGGAGCAGGAACUGCACAAGUGGCAGGUGCUAGUAGACAGCAUCACAGGCAUGAGCUCUCCAGAUUUCGACAACCAGACGCUGGCAGUGCUGCGGGGCCGCAUGGUGCGGUACCUGAUGCGUUCCCGAGAGAUCACCCUGGGCAGAGCAACCAAGGAUAACCAGAUUGACGUGGACCUGUCUCUGGAAGGUCCAGCCUGGAAGAUCUCCCGGAAGCAAGGUGUCAUCAAACUGAAGAACAAUGGUGAUUUCUUCAUUGCCAAUGAGGGCCGGCGGCCCAUCUACAUUGAUGGACGGCCUGUGCUGUGUGGCUCCAAAUGGCGCCUCAGCAACAACUCUGUGGUGGAGCCUUCUUGCACAGAUCGCCAGCCUACGAUUCGUCUUCCUCAUCAACCAGGACCUCAUCGCCCUCAUCCGGGCCGAGGCUGCCAAGAUCACACCGCAGUGAGGGAUGGUGGCAGACUCCUGGGCCCUAGCUGGCCUUGGUUUCCCCUGCCCUUCCAGAUCCUUCAGCUGGGAACUGAGGCUCCUGGAAAAGCCUGCCCAGAGUUGGCAGCAGAAGACCCAACUGCUAGCCCAUGGAUUUGAGCCUUUGGGGGAGGGUGGGGCUGGCCAUUGGGAAGCCAGGCAGAGGCUGGGACCCUCCAGCUUCCCUAGAGCCAGAACCCCUCCCCCUCCUCCUCUGCAGACAGCCCUUUAUCUCUUCCCCAGAGAUUUCCACCUCCACUCCUGUGUCUCCAGCUAAUUAGCUUCAGACUUUUCCUUUAUUUUUUCUUUCUUGUAAAUAAAAAGCACUGAGUUCCAAAGGUAGUUUCUUUUAUUAUUAUUUUUUUCAAUAUAAAAAAAAUGUGGGGACAGGUGGAGGCAGGGGCACAUGCAGGAGAUGGCAGAACCCCUCCUUGGCCUCAGACCUCAGCCCCCAGCCCCCAGAGUAAGGGAGGAGGUCAGGGGAACAGGCUGAGAAGGAGCCCAGGCGUAGGACCC